GCAGUUGUCAUCGGCAUUGAUGCGUAUCCAACUAAGGAGGACGUCUUGCGCGGUUGCGUAUCCGAUGCUACCAAAAUUUUCGGAUUCUUGACUCAGAAUCUAGGCAUCCCGACAGAUCAUAUCAGUCUCCUCCUCGGUACUACAGCUUCCCUCUCGUCAUUUAAUCGGGCAUCUGGCAUGGCCAGAAUUGCGCGCGCCACUCGCCCUCCUUGGUCACUCUACGAAUUCCAGAUACAGAAGGGAGACAAUGUCAUCAUCUAUUUCUCCGGGCACGGCGCGGUUUAUCGUUGUAAGGACCAUCCUGGAUACGGUCCCGAUUCCCCAUCCAGUACAGGUACAAUAGAGGCCCUAUGUCCUAUGGACCGUAGGGCCAGGGCCAGAGGUUUUAGGCUAGGACGCUCUAAGCCAAUCCCUGAUAUCAGCGACCGAGAGCUCAGCACCAUUCUCACGGAAAUCUCUCGCACUAAAGGACAUCACAUCACUGUCAUUCUGGACUGC